CAAUGCGGAUAUAGUCCAGGUACCAGUUCAUGAGAAAAAAUAUCCCGAGUCAGUUCUCACACUCCCAAAAUGUGUAUCAGAUACUGAAGUUGCAACUAGAGCUCCUCCAAUUAUUAUUACUUCUGCUAAUUAUUAAUAAAAAUUACUGCCAAGAUGAACACGCUCAUUGAAGUCGUAGCACUUUUUCUAAGUUUUGUUAGUUGGAUAUUGACUCUUAUAACACUAGAAGAUCAGCACUGGAGGGAUUCCAGUCAAGACGGGAGUGUUAUAUUAACUUCUAAUCUCUAUGAGAACCUAUGGAUGUCUUGUGCAAGUGACUCAACGGGGAACUAUAACUGUCGUAACUUUCCAUCCCUUUUUGCUCUUCCAGGAUACAUUCAGGCCUCCCGAGCACUGAUGAUUACUUCAAUUGUGUUUGGGUCGUUUGGCCUGGUGGCUACGCUUGUAGGAAUGAAGUGCUCGAAAAUAGGUGGUGAAAACUAUGUUCUAAAGGGGAAGAUUGCUGCAGUCGGAGGAGUGUUUUUUUUACUGCAAGGGCUUUGCACCAUGAUUGCCGUGUCUUGGUACGCAGCAAACAUCACCCAGCAGUUCUUUGACAUUCUCUACCAAGGGACAAAGUAUGAGCUUGGAGAGGCGCUUUAUAUUGGCUGGGCUUCAGCUACGCUUGCCAUUUGUGGAGGCUCGUGCCUGCUGUGUUCCUGCGGAAUUAUGACUGACAAUGAAAAAAUACCGUAUCCAGUCCAACCAUCCUCCAGAGGACACGUGCUAUCAACUGUGGCACCCUCUCAGUCUGUACCAAGCAACUAUGACAGAAACGCAUAUGUCUAAGAAGUUAAUGUGUAGACAGAAAAGUCAGCGGAUUCAGAAUCUUUCUGGAAGAGACAAUGACAGAGGAUUUCUUUAAAUCACCCUGCCGUUCUUUGUUCAGCUGAGACACCUGAGUUAGAAAACACACAAACACUGCAGAUUUUCUUUAACUCGCGUGGGCAGCCAUGAAACGCAGGAUCUGCGUCUCAUCUCUGUCUGCGUUUUUUAUUUAUACUUUUCUGUGUGUCUGUAUGUGUGUGUGUGUGUGUGUGUGUGUAAAGAUAGAGUUAUUCUCAGAACUCAGAGCUGAGGUUCCCUUUUUCUAAGUCUGUAUCUUCCAAAACAGAAAGAGGAAGCUGUAAGUUGUUUAUCACAGAAGAGUCACGUAGACGUGCUUAAUGAUCAAUAAAAGGAUACAUUUCAUGUUAGCUGAUCACAAAAUACACGAUUUUCCUUUGACAGACAAUGAUGAGUAAAAAAAAAAAAAAAUCUGGUAGCAUUUAUACUGGAAAA